CAGUAGAAGCAACGUGCUCCAUGCUGGGACCAGCAGAGAAAACACCCAUCACUGCCAUGCCAACAGAAAAAACAUACAGACUGACAGUUUGGCGGGAAACAAAUUACUGAUCUGCUCCAAUCCCAAACUUAUCUUGUGGCUAUGAUGACAACUCCAAACAGCACUAGCAGCGAUGAGUCCACUGCUGGCAACUGCACCAACCUGUAUGACCAUCGUGGGUGGGCACGAGUGCUUCUGCCCUCGGUUUACUGUGUGGUUUUUGUUGUCGGGCUGUUGGGUAACGCGCUAGCCCUACACGUAAUCUGGCCCAACAUGAAGAAGAUCAACUCCACCACGAUCUACUCAGCCAACCUGGUUGUAUCAGACAUCUUGUUCUCGCUUGCUCUUCCCCUGCGGGUGGUCUACUACGGGAUGGGAUUCCACUGGCCGAUGGGUGAAGGCCUGUGCAAGGCCAUGGCCCUGCUUUUCUACAUCAACAUGUAUGCCGGUGUGAACUUCAUGACCUGCCUGAGCGUGGACCGCUUCAUCGCCGUGGUGCUGCCUCUUCGCUUCGGCCGCUUCCGCAAGGUCCACAAUGUGCGUUACAUCUGCGUGGCAGUGUGGGUGGUGGUGCUGGUUCAGACCCUGCCACUGCUCUCAAUGCCUAUGACUCAUGUGGAGCAUGACGGCCACAUCACGUGUAUGGAGUACCCCAACUUUGAGCAAGUGGAGGGCUUACCCUUCAUGCUGAUCGGUGCCGUUUUCCUGGGAUAUGGCAUUCCUCUGAUCACCAUCCUGGCAUGCUACUCUGCACUUUGCUCCAAGCUUCGUCUGCUGGCCAAGACCAACCAGCUUACAGAGAAAUCUGGCCGUAGUCGCAAAGCCAUUGGUGUGAUCUGCUGCGUCAUCCUAGUCUUUGUGGUCUGCUACAGCCCCUAUCACAUUGACCUGCUGCAGUACAUGAUCAGAAAACUGCAGUACCAGCCUGACUGCGGGGAGCUGCAUAACUUCCAGAUAUCUCUGCACAUCACUGUCUGUCUCAUGAACCUCAACUCCUCCCUAGACCCCUUCAUCUACUUCUUUGCCUGCAAGGGCUACAAGAAGAAGAUAAUGAAGCUGCUUAAGAGGCAGGUGAGCAUGUCCUUCUCCAGUGUGGUCAAGACAUCCCCGGAGGGCUCUUCUCCAGAUGCCCUAGGCAAUGACAAAAUCCACAUGAGCAGCAGAAGCUACGCUAGAGAGCGAAGCAGCAUGAUAACGGGUGACUGAGAAAAAGCACAGCUUGCGGACUAAAGUCAGAACCGGCAGGGAGUCAAGAUACAGGACAUGAUUGAUGCUGACUGAACAACAAAACAUGCUGCUUUGUAAAUAAUGUCAGCAAUUUUCAAAAGGGCCACAUGAUAUCAUAACAUGUAAUUAAGAGUGACUAAAUGCAUUAUUAUUUACUGUU